UGGGUUGGGCAGACUGAGUUUCAGUUUCCUUUCUCUGAGUCUCUGAAGCCUCAAGGUUGCUGCAGACUUUCUGCUUCCAUUUUGUGCCUGCACAGCUGUCUAGACAGAGCAGCUAACCUCAGGUGCAGCCCUUGUGCAGAUACUACAACAGAUUGAGAAGUAUGGAAGUGACAACUGGUUUGACGUGGUUGCAAGAGAAGCUACUGCAAAAUUAUUUUGGAGGAAAGAAAUUUAGCCUUCUCUAUAAGGCUAGUGUCCAUGGAUUCUCUGGCGUAGAGUUGUUUCGGAAGUGCUGUCAAGAAGCACCUACUAUGUCAGUGAUUUAUAGUAGAGAUUAUGUUAUGGGAGUAUAUGCACAAAAAAGUUACGAUGAAAUAGAUAAAUGUUCCAUCAUUCUUUUUGUACUUCAAGAUACUAAUAUUUCAAAAUGUGAAAUGAGUCUUCAGACGGCAUGGAAAUCUGGUAUAAUUUGGAGUUGUCAAGGUAAACUUUCUAUAAAUUUAGAAACAAAAGAUGUGAAGAUGGCCUCAAACAUCAUUGAAACCCUUGGACUACCUAAAAAUGAUCCUAUUUCCAUUCAGGAAUAUGAAGUUUUUCGUUGUGAAGAUUUAUUGGACAAAAGAAAGAUACAAGGGAUUACUAUGGACCGGGAGAGCUUAUUGUCUACUAUGAGAACUUAUAAGCCAUAUGGAGACCUGGUUCCCCAAGUGCGAAUUCUGCUGCUGGGUCCAAUUGGAGCUGGGAAGUCUAGCUUUUUCAACUCAGUGAAGUCUGUUUUCCGAGGCCAUGUAACAUGUCAGGCUUUGGUGGGCUCUGAUACAAGUGGGAUAUCUAAGAAGUACAGGACAUACUCUAUUAAGGAUGAGAGAGAUGGCAACUUCCUGCCAUUUAUUCUGUGUGACACACUGGGGCUGGGUGAGAAAGAAGAAGGCCUGUACACAGAAGAUGUAGUCUGCAUCUUAAAAGGCCACAUUUCUGACAGAUAUCAGUUUGAUUCCAUGAAACCAAUCACAUCAGGUCAUCAAAACUAUAUUGGCUAUCCCUUGGUGAAGGACAGAAUCCAUUGUGUGGCGUUUGUGUUUGAUGCCAACUCUGUUGAACGUCUCUCUCCUGAGAUAGUGGUAAAGAUCAAAAGUAUUCGAAGAGAGGUGAUAAAGUGUGGUAUAGUACACGUGGCUUUGCUCACUCAUGUGGAUAGCAUGAAUCUGAUUACAAAAGGUGAUCUUAUAGAAACAGACAGAUGUGUGCCUAUAAAGUUAAAGCGGGAGGCAGUCCAAAGAAAAUUUGGAUUUGCUCUUUCUGACAUCUUGGUGGUUAGCAAUUAUACCUCGGAGUGGGAGCUGGAUCCAGUAAAGGAUGUUUUAAUCCUCUCUGCACUGAGACAGAUGGUGUGGGCUGCAGAUGACUUCUUAGAAGAUUUGCCUCCUAAGGAGAGAGGAUCAGAUGUUCAAAGAAGAAAAUAAAUAGAAAAUACAUAUAUGAAACCUUCAAAUAUUAAUAAUUUUCAUCUCAUCACAGAAGAGUGACAUUGAGAAAGGAGAGAACAGAAAAAAUGGAAGUAAUGGAGACUGAAGAAGUAUACCUUAUUUACAUCUAGAAUGAAGAUACACAUAUAAAAUCAUAGUACUUAUAAAUAACUGGGAAUAGCAGCAAAGUCACAAUUGUGAAAAACAAUAAUAAUUUUUCUUGAAUUUGUAUUCUAUAUCUGUGAAAAAACAAAGUUUCUUAUAAAACCUGGGUCUAAUGUCUGUGUGGGGGGAGGGAGAUUUUGAAAAAUAUUUAUAACAUGACUUGUCAGCAUACUCUUUUCAUCUUAAUUUUCCCUUCUUAUUUUAUUUCUGAAGUACAUAUUUUUGUCUCUGUGGGUCCCCAUGUUAUAUUUUUUUAACCUAAAUGUUAUAUUUUUUAACCUAAAGCCAUUUUUUGCUUAAUAUUUGAACCUGUCUUCCAGAAUGUGGUAAUUAGUAAGAAUUCCACAAGACUAAAACUGAAAGGGACUAUAGCUUGAUUACUCUAUAUAAUGACUAUGUAAUGGCUACUCUAUGUUAUAGCUAUUUUAGUUUAGAUAAAACUCAACUUGAACUAUAUAAAAAAGAGGACUGUAGCACUAGAUCAAGUCAUCAAACCAUGGAAAGGGCUGGGAUUGAACUGGCUUCACAGAUGUUUGACUCUAGGAAUUCAAAGCUAUUUUUCUCUCUAUCUGUCUGUCUCUGUCUUUCUAUCUUUCUGUCUCUCUCUCUCUCUCUCUUUUUCUACUCCCCCAACACACAUACACACACACUCACCCCUAUCAUUUCUUCUUUUUGCAUGUUGCUGUCAUGAUCUCAGGCUAGCAUUCUUGAUCAUCUUAAACCAUCUGAAUCCAAGCUUCAGGCUCACAUUCAUUCAACUUUGUGACCAGAAAAGAAAAGGACAAUGACACUUUCCCAGUGUCAUUGUCAAAUACUCCAAAAAAGGACUGCAACUGAUCUGGCUUGAGCCGUAUGUCUACUCCCAGGAACAAUUACUUUGUCCAGACGAGCAAGGAAAUAUGACUAGCCCAUCUGAGAUCAUACCUUGCCAAGGAGGGUGAUUUAUUAUUGGAAGAAGAGAGUUAAUCAUGGACACAGGCACUGUUGGAUUAACUGAGCUAAAGAGGCAUCACAACAAAUAUAGACUCUGGGGAGUUUUUUUUUUCUUUUUUUUCAUCUAGUUCCUCUUUUAGACUAUAAGGUUUGUGGGCUGGGUGUGGUGGGUUCAUGCUCCUGUAAUCCCAGGGAUUUAGGAGGCCAAGGUGGGAGGAUUGCUUGA